AUGGAAGUGCCGCUGUCACGGCGGUGUUUUGCUUGUCUUUGUGAGGCGGUGCUUGAACGGACACCAUGUCCGGGAAUUAUUCUUUUCCGUGAUGGGUGUGAAGGAAAUCGUUGGCUAGAUUUGUGCUGCCAGAUGCCAGGACCUACAUGUUUGCCGUUGCAGUUGUGUUGGUACGCGGUGCGGGAAACUUCCGUUGUACCACGUGUCUCCUUUCACUGUAUAACAUCUGUGCGAGAGGUCAUUGAUUUCACUUUUAAGGCCAUGCAAAAUCGUUCGCAGGGAAUUAAUGUCGCACAAAAAUCACAUAAAAUCUGGUUGCUUCCUUGCUCAGGUCCUUGGAGCGACUGA